AUGUUUGACGAUUCAGACGGUGCGUCAUCUAAAGAUGAUAACCUCAGAUCAUAUGGUGAGUCUCCUACAGAUGACAAAGAUUCACCAACGCUACCUCCCAAGAAGAGAUAUCAGAACUUCUCGAUGAGCGGAUCUAAAGGGAAUCUGGAGGUUCUAAGUUUGGAGAUGUCGUCGAUAGACAUUGCGGUAGGUCAACGUUACGAUAGUAAAGACGAUUUGGAGAGACGACUGAAACUUCUUACAGUGAGGUAUAAAUUUGAUUUUGAUGUAGAAACAUCAACCCUGACAUCAUACGUUGUUAAGUGUUGGGUUGAUGGAUGUCUCUGGAGAGUACGUGCUUCUACCCUAGAAGAAUCCAAGGCGUUUUUUGUUCGUAUUUACGAUUCGAAGCAUACAUGUUCCUGCACAGAGCGUUCUAAUCGAUCUCGACAAGCAACACCAAAUAUUUUAGGUAUGUUAUACAAGAACUUUCUCGGCGACGUUGGUCCGGACGUUCCCCCUACGAGCGUCGGAAUAGCUAUCACAAAGCAAUUUGGUAUAAAGAUGGAUUAUUGGAAAUCACACCGGAUGUUGAAAUUUGCAAGGGAAAUCGAUGAGGGAACACCUGAGUGUGGGUUUGAAAGCUUGCCUUCUUACUUAUACAUGAUAAGAAGAGCAAAUCCGAGUACAGUUACGCGUCUUCAAAUCGAUGAGCUUGGAAGAUUCAUGUAUGUGUUUCUUACCUUUGGUGCGAGCGUUAAUGGGUUUCCUUUCAUGCGCAAAGUUGUUGUAGUCGACGGGACGUUUCUCAAUGGUAAAUACAAAGGGACGCUACUCACAGCACUAGCUCAGGACGAGUGUCUUGCGAUAAUCUCGGACAAGCAUAACUCGAUAGGGAAAGCAAUUAGAAAUGUGUAUCCAUUGGCUGCUCGGGGAAUAUGCACCUACCAUUUAUAUAAGAACAUAUUGGGACGGUACAAAGGAAAAGAAGCAUUCCGUCUGGUGAAGAAAGCGGAAAGAUGUUUUAGGAUGUCUGACUUUACUGCGAUUUUCGAGGAGAUUGAAGCGAUUCAUCCUGCACUCCACGGCUACCUCCAAAGAGCUGAUGUCCGCCUGUGGACGCGUGUUCAUUUCCCGGUCGAGAAGUACAAUUUGAUGACUACAAACAUAGCGGAAUCAAUGAAUAGAGCAUUGUCGCAUGCAAGAGGUCUAAACAUUGUUCGAAUAUUAGAAUCGAUACGGGUUAUGAUGACCAGAUGGUUUGCUGAUCGGAGAGAGGAUGCCAGAUCGCAGCCAACAACGCUUACGCGUGGUGUCGAGAAACUACUAUAUGGUCAUGUAACUGCCGCCAGAGAAUUGACGGUCCAAAGGAUUGAUGAUCAUCACACUGAAGUUAAAUAUGGAUCUUCUAGCGAGUCUUUGAAUGUUGUUAAUUUGGUAGAGCGAAAAUGCAUAUAUCGACGUUUCAAACGCGAGAAAUUACCAUGUGUACAUGCAAUCGCAGCUGCGGAGUACAACAAUGUUUGUCGUAUAUCCCUGUGCAGUCCGUACUAUAACAGUGAAUAUUUGGUGAGCGCAUACGCUGAAUCUAUCAUGCCAGCUGACGAAGCGCAACCUAUUCCAGAAAUCAUGGCAGACCAACCGUGCUUGCCCCCGUAUAUUCAUCAACAACCAGGAAGACCUGAGAAAAAUAGGAUGAAAUCUGCUUUAGAAGUUGCACUUCAAAACAAACGUCCUAGGAAAGAGAACAUGUAG